AUGAGUGAGCGUGGCCGUGCUCGUGGUCGUGGACGAAGUCGUCCUGUUGUUCCAGGUGAAACCGGCAGUGAGCCCAGUGGUGCUGCCAGUAUUUCUGCACCGACUAGCGACGUACCUACUAGUACAACUUUAGCUUCAUUAGUACCGACACCGAUUGCUCCAGCAACGAGUGAUACGCCAACAUCGGAAUGGUCGACAGCCGAGGCUGUACCAUCAGUCCAGCAGAGUGCCAUCCGUCGUAUUGGUGGUGGCGGGACGAUGAGUAUACCACGUGGUCGUGGUCUCGACAAAUUAGCUCCACAUAUGGCCGGUAUGUCAAUUGGUGAACAUCGUGAAGGUCGUUCGCGUGGUUUACCUAUUCAUGAUGAGUCUCAAUCGCGUAAUGUCGAUCCAACUCGAGUCAAUUUUCGUGAACCUGGAUCCGAAAAGAAAGGUACCUCAGGAGAUUUCAUCCCUUUAAUUGCAAACUAUGUUCGAAUCUUAUCUACACCACAAUGGUCACUUUAUCAAUAUCAUGUCACGUUUACACCGGAUAAUAUUGAUUCGAGAAAAACACGUCGAGAAUUACUUGCACAACACAAAGGUGAUUUACAAGAUGUUGCUUUUGAUGGGCAAACUUUGUAUUCAUUUAAUGAUCUUGGUGAUGAUCAUGAGAUUAAAUCACAUCACGAAGCUAUUGGUCAAGAUUUCAAUAUUCAAUUGCACAAGGUGGCUGUUCAAGGACCUGAAUCGCCAAAUUUCUUCCAUUUAUCGAAUUUAAUCAUCCGAAAAUUAUUGGAAUUAGCGGGUAUGAGAAUGAUUGGUCGCUCCUACUACCAAUUCGACAAAAAGAUCGAUAUCGACCGAUUUAGUUUAACCCUAUUUCCUGGUUUCGAAACAGCUGUUAAUGUUUACGAAGGUUCUUUAAUGAUGAAUGUCGAUUUAUCACACAAAGUCAUCAAUAAUGUGAGCAUUUACCAGCGUUUACAAAAUAUUUUCGCCCAAUUUCAAGAAUAUAAGCUUGCGCAAGAUACAGCAAUGCGAGAAUUGGUUGGACAAAUCGUCAUCACAACAUACAAUCAUAAGACGUACAAAGUAGAUGAUAUUGCAUGGGAUAAAACACCACAGAUAACGUUUCCAAGACGAGACGGCAAAGAUGUUUCGUUAAUCGAUUAUUAUCAAGAACGUUAUCAAUUACAAAUCAUCGACCAUACACAACCAUUGUUAGUAUCGAAACCGUCGCGGCGAAAUCGAAGAGCAGGAAUUACAGGGCCGAUUUUAUUGAUUCCCGAAUUCUGCCGAGAAACAGGUAUUUCCGAUUCCAUGCGAAGUGAUUUCAGUUUGAUGAAAGAAUUGGCUUCGCACACACAUAUCGAACCAGCACCACGUUACAAAGCAUUGAUGGAUAUGGUCAAUACAAUUAAUACAUCGCCUCGAUGUCGACAAUAUAUGACAAAAUGGAAUUUACGAUUAGAUGAUAAUUUAGCGGAACUCGAGGGUCGUAUACUCGAGCCCGAAGUGAUUAAUUAUAGUGAUCGAUCGGUCAGAUAUAAACAACAAGAGGCUGAUUGGAGUCGUGACGGUCGCAGUUGUCGUCAUAUAAAACCGGGUAAUUUAGAUAAGUGGCUGGUUAUUUAUGAAGGAAAACAAAAACCGGUUGCUAAUGAUUUGAUCAACACACUUUAUAACGUGUGCACACCAAUGGGUAUGCGAGUAGAAUAUCCUGAAUUAGCUGAAAUACAAAAUGACCGACCGGAAACUUAUUUGAAAGCAUUAGAACAAAAUUGUGUCAAUCAACAGUACAAUCUUGUUCUUUGCAUUUUGAGCAAUAAUCGAAAAGAUCGUUACGAUGCGCUGAAGAAAUUCUUAUGUAUGGAUAUCGGUAUUCCAUCGCAAAUGGUUUUAAUGAAAACACUUACCAAGCGAGGUCAAUUGAUGUCAGUUGCAACCAAAAUUGGCAUUCAAAUCUCAGCAAAACUCGGCGGAGAAAUUUGGGCCGUUCCUAUUCCAUCGAAAAGCUUGAUGAUUAUUGGUAUUGAUUCAUAUCAUGACAAGAAACGUAAACAAGUUUCAGUCGCUGCUUUUGUGGCUACAACAAAUCCUCAAUGCACUUCAUACUAUUCACGUAUUGUUAUGCAAACAACGACUCAAGAAUUGGUGGAUGGUAUCAGUGUGUGUAUUCGAGAUGCUUUGAAAGCGUUUUUCAUGCAAAAUAACGCAAUGCCUGAGCGUAUUGUUAUCUAUCGUGAUGGCGUUGGUGAUGGGCAACUUCAGGCUGUUUACGAACAUGAAUUACCACAAAUCGAACAAACCUUCAGUAAAGUUCAAGAAGGUUACGUACCGAAAUGGGCAAUGAUCAUUGUGAAAAAACGAGGCUGCUCGCGAUUCUUUUCGAAAAAUAACGAACAAUUACAUAAUCCACCACCCGGAACGAUUAUCGAUCAUACAGUCACGCAUCAAAACUGGUUUGACUUUUAUUUAAUUUCACAAUGUGCAAGGCAAGGAACAGCUGCGCCAACUCAUUUCAAUGUCAUUUGGGAUCGAACAACAUUCAAAGUUGAUCAUAUCCAACGCUUAACAUUUAAACUAUGUCAUCUUUACUACAAUUGGCCUGGAACUAUCCGAGUACCAAUGGUCUGUCAAUACGCUCAUAAAUUGGCUUAUCUUGUUGGUCAAUCUCUUCAUCAAGAUUUUCAUCACGAUCUCUCCAAUAAACUUUUCUAUUUAUAG